CAGAGGGAGGAAGCUGGCUUCCUGAAGCCUCCUCAGCCCUCAAAGACCGACCAACAGACAGACAGACAGCUGGCAAGAGGCAGCCUGGGAGACACAGCUGCUUCAGUGAACCUCAUGGCUGAGUGAGGCCCAGCACACCCUCCCCCGCAGCAUGGUCCAGGACCGUGGGGGGUGCUCCCGAGCACAGCUGCUGACCUGGUCUUCGGAGGCAGCCAUGACCCAGCCUCCACCCACCAAGGCACCGGUCAAGAAGCAUGUGAGGCUUCAGGAGAGGCGGGGCUCCAAUGUUGCUCUGAUGCUCGAUGUGCGGUCCCUGGGGGCUGUGGAACCCAUCUGCUCAGUGAACACACCCCGGGAGGUCACCCUACACUUUCUGCGCACAGCUGGACACCCCCUCACCCGCUGGGCCCUGCAGCACCAGCCACCCAGCCCCAAGCAGCUGGAAGAGGAAUUCUUGAAGAUCCCCUCAAACUUUGUCGACCCUGAAGAACUGGAUAUUCCUGGCCAUGCCUCCAAGGACCGAUAUAAGACCAUCUUGCCAAAUCCCCAGAGCCGGGUCUGUCUAGGCCGGGCACAGAGCCAAGAAGACGGAGACUACAUCAACGCCAACUACAUCCGAGGGUACGAUGGGCAGGAGAAGGUCUACAUCGCGACCCAGGGCCCCAUGCCCAACACCGUGUCAGACUUCUGGGAGAUGGUGUGGCAGGAAGAAGUAUCACUCAUCGUCAUGCUCACUCAGCUCCGAGAGGGCAAGGAGAAAUGUGUCCACUACUGGCCCACAGAAGAGGAAACCUAUGGACCCUUCCGGCUACGCAUCCAAGACACGAAAGAGUGUCCGGAGUACACCGUGCGACAGCUUACCAUCCAGCACCAGGAGGAGUGUCGGGGAGUGAAGCAUGUCCUCUUCUCUGCCUGGCCUGAUCACCAGACCCCAGAGUCGGCUGGGCCCCUGCUGCGCCUGGUAGCCGAGGUGGAAGAGAGCCCAGAGACAGCUGCCAACACUGGGCCCAUCGUGGUCCACUGCAGUGCAGGGAUUGGCCGGACUGGCUGCUUCAUCGCCACCCGAAUUGGCUGUCAGCAACUGAAGGCCCGUGGGGAAGUGGACAUUCUGGGCAUCGUGUGCCAGCUGCGGCUGGACAGGGGUGGAAUGAUCCAGACCACGGAGCAGUACCAGUUCCUACAUCACACGCUGGCCCUGUAUGCGGCCCAGCUCCCUGAUGAGCCCUGCCCCUGAGCCCUGGCGCCCUCCACCAGCCCCGGAGCCAAAGUCCCCCAGGCCUGGGUAGGGGGGUCAGGCAGAGUGGGCCUCUGGAUCUGAGGGACCCCUUGGAUGGGCCUGGGGAAGGGGUGUCUCCUCGGGGGGCACACACAGUCACUGGGAGCUGCAUCAGCAAGGACUGAGACUGGACUCCAGGUCUUUAAGAUGGGCCACUCUUCUGCUUCCUCGACUAGCCCCAGACGGACACUUGGGGGGACCUCCCGUGUCUCUCUGACUUGCGAGCCAGGAGCCGGCAUUGAUCAUAGAGCUGAGGAAGGAGCCCAGGAGUCCUGGUCUUGUCUAAAGUGCUCUGUGAGCUUCAUCUCUCUGUCUAGGACACAGACAUUGUGUGUUUUGCUCGCGUAGUUAAAAGCAAUCACAGAAGUUCCUAGAAGCCGCUCCACCUAGAUCCCCUUCCUGGGGCUGGCAAGACAGUGAUCCCCAGAUCUUCCGCCUGGGGCCUGCCCAAGAAUAGGCCAGAUGCCAGAGCUGGGAAAAGUCUGAUCCUGACCAUGGCCAAGAUCUCGACAUCCCACCAAU